AUGUUUUGAUAACUUUUUUUUUUUUUUCUUUUGAUGAAGGUGUAUGUUUGAUAUUACCACCAUGAGAAUCACGAAGACUGGAGCACCCUUUGUUACCAAUUAUGCCGGGAAACACGCCGUCCUCCUAAUCAUCACUUUACUUCAAUUCAAGUGUACCACUGUGGUUUCCAGAGGCGGCGCUCACGCUGGAGGUGGAGGCCAUGCUCAUGUAGGAGGAGGCCAUGCUAGUGUGGGAGGUGGUCAUGUUAGUGCAGGAGGAGGAGGCCAUGCUAAUGUAGGAGGUGGUCAUGUUAGUGCAGGAGAAGGAGGCCAUGCUAGUGUAGGAGGUGGCCAUGCUACUGAAGAAGGAGGCCAUGCUGUUGGAGGCGGUGGCGGCCAUGGAGAAGAAGAAGGUGGACAUGGGAUCGGAAGAGGCGUCGGUAUGGUUCAUCGACCAGCGAAGAGGAACGGAGUCUCUGCACUAGUGACUCCCUUUGCCGAUAGAUUUGCAACUGCUUUCUUGAUCAUCGUUUUUUUUCUUUAA